GAAAUAUUUUCUAUAGAAAUAUACAAGAUUAUUAUUAUCCCAAAUUUUAAUCUUUAUAUUUUAUACUACUAUAAUCUUUACUAGCAUAAAGAUUGUGGUAGACUCCGGCGUUGUUCGUGUGUCAAAGUUGGAGACCGGACGCUUGAACGGUUACGUUUGCACUUUCAACGCUCUUCCUACGACUUCUUCGUUUUUACUGCUUACCGAGAAAGAUUCUGACUUUGCCGGAUGCAAAGUUGACCGGAAGUGUACAUCUGGUACUCUCUGAAUUCCUUCAUAUGGAGAUUCGCUUCAAGCAUGAAGAAGAAGUUCUUGAAUUCUACAAGAAUGGAAAAGUCUCAACCAUUCAAUCUAAGAAGAAUCCACAGAGGACGAUUCAAGUCAUUGAGUCCACUGUUAGAGGCGCCAAAGUGAAGAUCUCACAGAUGAAGUUGAAGAAGAAGCUCCAUCUUCCCAACUCUGGAAUUGACAUUGGGAAGCUCUCGUCCAAAAAUCUAGACUGGAAGACAAUUGAGAUGUCUGGACAAAUCCCCUCUGGCCCAGCAAAGAAGGCCGAUUUGAAGAAUGACUAUAAAUUAGUCUUAGAGCUGGUCAUUGCAUGUCUAGAAUGUGGUAGUGGAGGACAUGCAGAUGAUAUAACCCAGGAAAGGGCUUUCAUCAUCAACGCCCUCAUUACCAGGACUAAGGUAAAUUGGGCUAAACACUUCUUCAAUUCAGUUUCCAAGCACUUAGGGAAGCCCAAGCAGAAGUAUCUCUGUCAAGGUUUAUACCUUGGACAUAUUCUGGAAUCCUUGGGUGUUGCCUUUGAAGGCAAGAAGUAUGAUGCCAGAUAUUGGUUGUACUAUCUGUCAACCAAGGGUGAAAACAGAGCUAGUUCUACUACAGAAGAUGAAGGUUCUUCAGACAAUGUUCUGAUUGUGAGUCUGAAGAAAUCCUCAAAGAGGAAGCAAGUGGUAUCUUCCUCCCCCAGUGCUGAAGAAGCACACACCCUUGUAGUGGUUAAUCUUGAUGAAGAAGAAGAACUCUCUGCUCAAGGAGAACUUCAGAAGAAGAAGAAGAAGAAGAGAAGAAUUUCCUCUCCCUCUACAUCUGGAAAUGCCAAUCCGGAUAACUUGGUGCAGAAUGAACCAAAUGAGGAAGUCUCUCCAAAGGACCACUGUCCUCAACAGCUUGAUGUAGAAACCUGUGUUGGAACACGGGUUUACGCCUAUGUCGUACUAAGCCGUGUUCGUUUUAUGACAGGAAUAGGUGAAGGGCACUCAACCACACGGCCACCUCUUUUUGAUGGAACCAACUAUACAUAUUGGAAAGAACGAAUGAGAAUCUAUAUUCGUUCUACGAACUUCCAAUUAUGGUUAGUUAUCAAAAACGGGGAAGAGGUGCCGAUGAAGAAAAUCGAGGACAAAUUGAUCCCAAAGACCGAAGAUGAAUUUGAUGCCGAGGACAUCAAAAAAGUUGAGAAUUAUGCAAAGGAAAUAAACAUUCUUUAUUGUGCCGUAAAUCCUAAUGACUACCGCAAAAUCUCUUGCUGCUCAACCGCCAAGGAGAUGUGGGACAAACUUGAGGUGACGUACGAAGGAACGGACCAAGUACGUGAAGCCAAGAUCGACUUCCUCACCCAAGAGUAUGAGAUGUUUAGAAUGAAGGAUCACGAGAAGAUCGACAAAAUGUUCGACCGAUUUUCCAAGAUUGUUAACGACCUUCAUGCGUUGAAGAAGACUUACACCGACAGGGAUCUUGUACGAAAGAUCCUACGGAGCUUGACAUCCGAAUGGCGAUCUAAGGCCAAUGCCAUCUAUGAGUCAAUUGGCACGUCAAAUGUCACCAUCUACGGUUUAAGAGGUAAUUUAAAAACUUAUGAAUCUACUAUACUUAACCCGUCUUUGAAUGACCAAAGGAAAGGCAUAUCAUUAAAAGCUGUCAAAGAAUCAACGAUGAACGAUUCAAGUGACGAUGAUGAAGUGAAGCUGGUCAUGAAGAAGUUUUGUAAACUUCUAAGGAAGAAAGAGAAGGUUGAGGAUGGUCCUGUGUGCUAUGGAUGUGGUGAAGCCGGGCACAUCAAGAACAAAUGCCCGAGAAGCGAAAGGAGUGCUCGUCACUUCAAAAAGCAAAAAGCAUAUAUCUCGUGGGGUGGCGACUCCGGCGACGAGUCAACCGACCAAGAAGAGGAUGAAGCCGCCAACCUUUGUCUCAUGGCACACAAGGACCAAACCGACGAUGUACAAGAGGGCAGGGCUGCUACCUCCGGGAAAUCAAAGUCUAAAUCCCGGGCACCGUCAACCAACUCCGAGGAGCGCCUCUACUGUGGUGACGGAUCGUACCUCUGGUUCGAUUCCGAGGAGGAGCGCACCCGCUUUCUCACCUUCUUCUCUAAACGGGUUGUGGCUCCCCCACGGAUCAUCCUAGAGCACUACCCGGAGCUGCAAGGCUACGACGACCUCGACGCGCAGCUUCAUCAAGCAGGCCUUUGGCCGUUCAUCUCUCGGGCGCGAAAGGAGAUCAACCCGGCGCUGAUCCGGGCCUUCUACUCUAGCCUCCGGCGUGAGGACGACAUGCUCUACUCGCUUGUCAAGAGCACGCCGAUUGAGCUCACCGUGGAGCAUCUUGGGCGUAUCGCUGGCCUCCCCUUCCAAGGCGAAGACGUCUCCCACUAUGGCGGAGAAGACUGGGUGCUCAACAACGAGGGUAAUAUCCUCAACGAGCUUGGCAUCACCGAGCUCAUCCGCCAUGCCUCGGGCCGCCCCACCAUCCACUCCGCUAACCUCGAAGGCCGUCUCGUUCUCUACAUCGUGUCCCGGAUCAUCAAACCCCGGAAGCACGGCCACAUAAUCAUGUCCGGUGAGGACCUCAAGCUCAUCCAUGCGAUCAUGCACUCGGCCCCAAUCAAUUGGGCAAAGUUUGUCAUGAUCAACAUGACGAUUGCCGCGUCCACCGACCACGACCACCUCCUCCCGUACCCGUUCGUGGUGAUGGACAUCCUUGAACGGUUCAAGGUAAUCACCACCGUUGGCCCGCUCACUAAGGCUGUUGGAACACACUUUGCACGCGGACAAAGAAAGCGCUCCCGCACCGGAAAGAACGUUGGCUCCUCCUCGGCUCCUCCACCACCACCGGCGCACAAAUACCUUGACGGGUCGUUCCUUUGGUUCAACGACCGCGAAGAGGCUGCGAGGUUCUUGGAGAAGUUUGAGCACCGGGAAAUUCUCCCUCCCCGGUUCUCCACCGCCCGCUUUAUUCAUGAUUCUAUUCCACGUGAGGCACGGGUUAUUCUCGAAGGUGGAAACUUCCUAGACCUCCUCUACAUCAAGAAGGCUCAUUAUCACCCUUUUCUUGUUCGAGCUUUCUACUCGAACUUGAAAAAGGAUGAGGACGGAGCGUUGAUUUCUAACGUCAACGGGGUGGACAUCUAUUUGAAUGAGGAAAACAUUCAAAUCCUCACCGGGCUUCGUCGGGAUGGACAGGAUCUCGGGCUCUACGUCAGAGAAGAAGGAGCACGGUUCAACGAGACCGCCCUCUUGGAGGAAGCCACGAAGCUUUGGACGAUCAGCGCUCAAACCUUCACCAAGCGGUCGGACAACGCCGCGCCUGCCACUGCCGCGCCACGCCGCACUGCCACUGCCGCUGGCCCAGCCGAACCCCAGGCCCGGGCCAACCUCGCCUCCAUCGCCGACUCCCUCAACCGGCUGCACUUCAAAGUUGACGGGAUGGAUGGCUACCUUGAGAGGCUUGACGAGGCGGUCCAACGCCAAGGGUACGCCAUGAACGCGUACUUCCAACGCGUUAACUACGUCCCCCCACCGUACCAUGGCAUGUUCUUUGGGCAAGUGUACGGUGACGAGGACGAAGACGAUGCCUCCUACGCCCCGUCAAGCUCUCCGGACGAAGAUGAGUUCGACGAUGCCAUCGAUGGGGAUGAGAUGGACCUCUACUAUGUUUGGAGAGCUUGGAAGGUUGGAAACUCUGUAGAUCAGUUGCUUGAAUGGGAUCAACAACUGGAAAAUGAGAAGAUCAUCAAGAGGUGUCUAGGACUGCCAAUCAAUUGCUUCUCUGGUAAUCAAACUGAAAACCAGGCUGAGAACAUCAUUGCUGAAGCACAGACUGACAUGGAAGCCGCAGCAGAAGAUUUCCAAGUCUUUCCGGAAACCUCCCCCGCUUUUGAUACUGUUCUUCCUGAUGCUAAGUCCACUCCUCCAGAAGAUACAGAGGAAGAAGCUCAGGAGGAACCAGUAGUAGAAGCACUGAGAAGCUUUGAAGAAGCUGAAGAAGGAGCUCAAAUAGCUAGGCUGGAGGCCACUGAAACUCCAGUUGCUAUUUUUGAGCAACAACCUGAAGAUGCAGAAAGAGAUUCCCUCUCUAGGGAUAUCUCAAACUAUGGGAAUGAAGAAACAGAGGAAGAGUCAUUGAAGACCCUGAGGAUUGAUGAAGAAGAGGCUGAGCAAGGCGAAGAUGUUGAAUCCCUCCCACUGCAACUCUAUCAAAGGGUGCCUUCUUCAAAUCAGGUAACCAACUUUCACAGCUCUUCCACAUCUACCUUUCCGGAUGAGAUGCCGGAAUCCUGGACCAAGAAGAUCCAAGGGUUGAUUCAGUCAGCCCUAGAGUCUCAGAAAGCCUCUUUUAGGCAAGAACUGGAUACAAUAGAAGAGAGACAUAAUCAAACUCUAAAGAAGACUGAAGAGAAAUUUAGCUCAAACCUCAAGGAGAUAAGUCAAUCUCUAGACAAGACUCUUGAGAUCAUUUCUCUAUUCAAUAAUUCAGUAAGCAAUUCCAUGAUGGCUUAUGCCUCUGAUUGCCAUCUUCAACUCAAACAAGCCAUGGAAAUCAAGCAACAGAUUGCCAGUAUCACAACUAGUCUUCAGAAGAAGAUGUCACUUCUCCAGAUGGACAUCAGAUCAGCUAUGGCAGUGACAUCAGCAAACCAAGUGGUAACUCAAGAUUACCUAGAGGUUCUUGCUGACAAUCAGAAGGAAGCAUUCAAGCUUUUCAGGCACUUUAGAACCUUCACUGCCAAACACAAACUGGAGGUGAUUGUCCAACCCAAAAGUUUACCUCCAAUCCCAAAGCUUCCGAUUGAAGCCAAACUAGGAGAACUUGCGUACAUUCCAACUCAUCUGAACAUGACGAAACUGAUCUUGGAAGCCCAUAAGAGCAAUCUGGAGAACUUGAUUCAACAUCUGUCAAACACUGAGUUUGAUGGAACAGAAGUUUUAGGAACCAUUGCCUCCCACUUCACAAAUGAUGUUCAGACAAAGGAGAGAUAUAAACAAUCUCAAGCGCAUCAAGGAAGAAUGUGGAGUUAUGCAAGGCAUUGGUGAGGCUGCUGGAUCAUCCAAGCGCAAGAAGAAUUAAAGGUUCUUUUCAUCAAAACAGGGGGAAGUCUUGAAUAGAUUAUUUUGUUUUGAUGAAAACACCUUUUUGUUUAAACAUUAGUUUUUCUUUAAACAUUUUUGAUAUAUCUCUUAAUUAUGCUUGAACAUAUUUCUUUUAAGUAUGAUUUUUGAGAUUUAUUAUUGAGUGCAUACAUUCAGGGGGAAUGUAAUUCAGGGGGAACAUAACUUUUUUGGCUAAUAAUUGUUUUUGGUAAUGAACUACUGAUGAACUU